AUGGCGAGCUCCAUUAUAAACGAAACUUUUGUCCUCGCCAAUUAUACGUCGUCUGCGCGAGGAAAAUCCACGAAAAAAUACACUCCUGGAGUCUAUGCGACCUCCACGAAAAAAAAUAGUAACAGCGCGGACGGAUAUGUUACGGUAGCUGUUCAGGCAGACGGUGUGCAUGUUUUGGAUACUUCCGAUCUUCACCCAGUGACUUCGCAAACUCUGGGGCCAUCGACGUCUUUUUCGUGCCCACCAUUGACAUUACCAUCUUCCUCGAAUCAUCCUUCAAGAACAUACGCUAUCAUAUCAACUUCUCCAGAACUGGCAUCAUCUGACGACGGGGGACGUACAUUGUGGGUAUGGAGCGACGAUGCAUCAAAAUCCAAACAAAAAGCGAAGCAGAGCAAAGUCAUACUUUCGAAAGAUCACCCUGCUUUUGGAAUAUACGCAAGCACAGAGCUUCCGGAAAGAUUGAUUGCAUUGUCCACCAAUGGAGAAGUUGCUGUGGUAGAUGCAGAGAGCCUUGAAGUGAAAUCAUCAAUACAACAGUCAACUUUAUCCAACGUUAUCCACGCGACUGUGCUACCUGCCAGUACAUCACCCUUUGGAAGAGGUUUAAAUGGCUCCAUUCUGGUUGUUGCCUCUGCUGGAUCGUCAAAAAAUACACAUUUAAGAAUAUUGGCCAUCGACGAAGCCGACUCAAUAUCUCAAGAACAGGAACAUGAACUUUCCAUAGAUAGCGAGAGCAUUGUCAAUUUGUCUUGUAGCGAGACAGGAAUUCUCAGCGUGCUUUGCACCGACGGAUCGUUGUCAUCGUACAGACUGCCAUCUGGACCCUCUUCUUCACCAGCAGAACUCUCCCCUCCCCUCCGCCUCACCAACCUGUCUUUCAUUUCUCAACCUUCCAGAUAUACUUCCUCAAUUCUUUCCCUGACUUCCUCCCACGUCCUUCUUGCAGCAGUUGCCACUCAAGAGGUCGUUCUUCUGUUAUGGGAUCUCCAAUUCUCUGUGCUCCUCGCGUCGCAUUCAUUACCUAUACCAACCACCCUGAAUUCCUCGGCUCUGCAUGUUAGAUUAGUCCAAGGCUCUCAAACGCUCACAAAAACGGAAACGCAAGCCAUUGGCCAAGCCAUCCUUAUUCUUUCAUCUAUGCCUUCGUCAGAUUCUUCAGAAUCUAAAAACAACAAAACGAGCUCUGUGCUGGUUGUUGUUCCAUACUCUGUACCUGUUCAGUCGACAAUUGCGGCCGCAAUGGGCAAGGGCGAUGCCGGAUCUAAAUGGCUUCGUGUGCCAGGCGAAGAGGCGACAGCGGCUCAACAAAGUCCAGAGGAGAAAGCCAAAGCAAAGUUGUUGAGCACGAUGAGAACGGCGAUGCAGGGCGGACGUCCUCAGGCAGCUGUUGCGGCGUUCAUGAAGUGGGCACCUAAGCCGGAGACUGAUAAGAAUGUUGCUUCGACGUUGGAAUAUAACUUUGUUAAGGAGCUGUUGAGUAUAGUGUUGCUUGAUCUAUCACCAGGAACGAAGCCCACGCCAGGGAACUAUCAACCUGAUGUUGUGCGGUAUCUCCUCGAGCAACGGGUCGUAUGCAGUGCUAUGAUUUCGACUCCAGGAGGCCUCUUAGGCGCUUUGAGAGCAAGAGAUGAUUGGACAUCCAUUGAACUGGCGUUCUACACUGUGCUCGACCUGACCGAAUCCGAGAUCGUCGAAACACUUUUUGCAGUCGUACACGUACACCACUCGUCAGUCGCCCCUUCAUCAUCCACUGCUACAACAAAACCUGCCACAGAGGAUGCCAUGGACGUCGACCCACCUACGUCACCUCAGAAAACCACUCAAAAACCUGCUUCAUAUAAUACUGUCCCCUCUCUUCCUGUCACCCUCGCACUGCUCGCAUCAUACCCCACGUCGCGUGGCCCGCUUCUCGUUGCGUUCCGCCGGUAUUUUGUGGAUGCGGCGGAUAUCACGGCUCUGCUUCAGGUUUUGGAGACCUGGGUUGCGAAGAAGACAAGGGCGGAUGAGAGGCUGCUGCCAACUAAGAAAGAUCUGAAAAAGACGGAGCAAGGCGUGUGGGUCGUCGUUGGUCGGAAAGGGGACAAAGAAAAAGAAAAGAAGAGGGACGAGGUUCCUUCGCUCCAAAAGGCUGUUGACCUUAUUCAACUACUUCUUGAUGCAUCAUUCCUUUCUCUCCUUACGCACGCACCAGCGCACAAGAUUCUUCGCAAGUUGCAAGACCAACUGAACCCUGAAAUUAGUUUCGGGAGCGCCGCCGAAACGCUACGCGGCCCGCUUGAGCCGUUCGCCAUCGCACAAGAGAAGACACUCAAGGAAUCGUUGGUGCCCGCGCAGGAGAGGGAAAAGGAGAAACAGAAAGGUGAUUGGCGCCAGAGGAGGAAAGAGCUGGCGGUGGAUGUGGGCCUGUACAAAUUGGAGGAGCUGGUGCUUUAG